GUGUCCGUCUCUGCGUGUGUUUCACUUCCCUUCGCAGCGUGAGACACAACUUGUGAGCGUCUUCUCUCAGAGGAUCUCAGAUUUGAUCACCAGCAGCAAACCGAUAGCAUCCUCCCUGCCGAGCGGCUCCACUGCAACACUUCAACAUUAUUCUCCAGCUGAAGCUGCAACAGAGGAGGACGAGAGCAGAUCUGAUCAACCAGGGAAUCAUGCCACCACUGAAAAGUUCAGCGGCCUUCCACGAACAGAGGCGGAGCUUGGAACGAGCACGGACUGAGGACUAUCUCAAGAGGAAGAUCCGGAGUCGACCGGAGCGAACAGAGCUGAUCAGGAUGCACAUCCUGGAGGAGACGUCAGCGGAGCCGUCGCUGCAGGUCAAGCAGCUGCAGCUGAAGAGAGCUCGACUCGCCGACAACCUGAACGAUAAGAUCUCCCAUCGACCGGGGCCCAUGGAGCUGAUUCACAAAAACAUCCUGCCUGUUCACUCCAUCAUUAAACAGGCCAUAGAGACACAGUUUCCAAAGGCUGCAGGUGAUAACUCAUCAUGUGACAUGGACAGCAGUGACAGUCUGUCCCCAGAACAGCCAGUAGGACAGGAGUCGCCUGCGGCCGUGGGACCCCCGCCCUCUCCACCAGACACCGAGAUCUGCAUCCCCUCUCCCACACAGGACCCUCCUUCAGCUCCUCGUCUACCUCUGCUCUCUGGACACCGACCCUCACUGAAGCUGACCACUGGGGUGACAGCACCAUCUGCCCAGAGGAUGGGUGUGGCCUCUCUCAUCAGGACUAAACCAAACUCUGACCGCUCCGCCCAGAGGCACAAGAAACCAAAGGACAACCAGCCAAAGAUAAAGAAGUUAAAGUACCAUCAGUACGUCCCUCCUGACCAGAAGGGAGAGAAAGAGCCUCCUCCUCCAUUGGACUCGUCUUAUGCAAAGAUCCUGCAGCAGCAGCAGCUUUUCCUGCAUCUCCAGAUCCUCAGUCAGCAGCAGCAGAACUACAACUACCAGGCCAUCCUGCCAGCUCCACCCAAACCUCAGAAAAAUCUGUCUUCCUCCUCCGACUCCAGGACCACCUCCUCCCCGUCACCGCCUCUCGCUGCCCCCCCAGCUGCCCCCUCUGUCCAGGGCCGUCACAGCGAUCAGAGUUCAGCUCCUUUUGAUGGGACACAAGCAGGAUCUCUACCUCCAAACCUGGAUGAGAUGAAGGUCGUGGAGCUGAAGUCCCAGCUGAAGCUGCGUAGCUUGCCAGUCUCCGGCACCAAACCAGGCCUCAUCGAGAGGCUGAAGGCGUACCAGGAGCUGAACGGAGGCAGUGGCACCACCCCCUCUCUGACAGCAGGGGGUAACACAAGGCCGGGGGCGGAAGGAGCAGGAAGAUCCUCCCGUCCUGCUGCAGCCGACAGAGCAUCACAGCAGCAACAGAUCCAGUGCUGCCGGGCAUCCUCCCUGACGAGUCAGCUAGCCGCUCCUCAGCAGCUUGUGACCUCCAGUGGUUCGGUGUCACCAGCACCACCCGUCUCCGUCAGCCUCUCUGACCACCCGCCGGCCACCAGCAGUACAGAGGAGUCCAGCGGCAACACUGGUGCUUUGGAGGAAAUGAUGAUGUCACCUCUCUCCCAGUCGGGGCUUCAGCCAUCUUCAGCUCCUCACCUUCCAAAGACUAUUAAACAAGAGUUCCCAUUUUCCACCCCAGCUCCGUGUCAGUUCUCUCUAAAGCCAGCGUCCCGGCAGAAACACCGCCCGCUCCCAUCAACUAUCCCCACAGCUCCAGUACGGACUCUGGACAAAGACAAGAUGCUGAAGGAGAAAGACCAGCAGAUAGAGGAGUUGACCAGGAUGCUGAGGCAGACCCAGAGGCUGGUGGAGUUGCUGAGGAUGCAGCUGGAGCAUAGGAACCGAGGAGCGCAGGUUUCUGAGCCUGUGGUUCUUCUAAGAGUAAAACAAGAACCUCCUGAUAAGCCUGGUGUCCCCCUCACGUCGGGCCAUCCUCCAUUCCCCCCUCCAACAUCAUCUGCUCCAUGUGACACUAGAGUCACAGUCAAACAGGAAGCCCCUGAGACGGAGGACGUGCAAUCCCUAGACUCCCGUGGAUCCAACUUGCAACCUCAGGAAGCACAGGAGCAAACUCAGCUGCACACGGAGCCACAGAACAAACAGGAGCAUCGUGACUGUGUGCAGCAGAACGCUCUGCAGCGGGCCCAGCGGCACGUCGUUCACAGACUCCUGCUGCGGCAGCAAAACAUCCACAACUGUCACCAGGCGCUGGAGAAUCAACAGAAAGUUUCUCUGCAGAAAAAGAAGAAAUCUCACAAACAGCAGCAGAAGCAACAGUCGAAACUAAAUCAACAGACUCUAGUGAAAGAACAACUGAAGCCGCUGUCACAGCAGCAGCAGCAGCAGCAGCAAACAAAGCAGCCACAGCAAAUCCAGAUACACUCCAAGAUACAUGUGAAGCAACAACAGGUGCUAAUACCAAAGAAACAACAGGUGCAGCAGCAGGCUCCACAGGCGUCUCAAGGAUCGUCCCUCUCUCUCCCGACCUGGUCAGACUCCACCGCGGCCCUGGUCACAGACGGGGAAGGAAACCACUUCCUGAUCGCACUGAGCAAUCGCAUCACUGAGGCACCCGAGGGAAAAGCGACCAAUCACAACACUCUCCAGAAGGUAGAGAACAGAGGACCUCAUGUGUCAGGGGACCGACCACAGCAGGGAGCCGCUCAGUGUGUGUCUGCCCCCCCCAGUCUGCAGCCCCACCUCCAGAACCAGGAGGCCGCUCCCUCGGGGGAAAACCUCCCAUCACCUUCCUCUCACACGCUCAGCUCCAGUCUGGAUGUUUUAUUUAGUCGUCUGUCUCCAGCUUCUGUUCAGACGGCCGCCUCCUCGCCGGAUGACAAACCUACAGAGCAUGAAGAUUUUAUCGACAUCAUCUUGCAGGCAGGAGAGAAGUCGACCUCCUCCAACACAGCACCAGACUCGUCCCUGGACCGUCUCAGUCCAAACUCCCCAGCCUCCUCCCCCUCUCCCUCCCCAUUCCAGCUGAUGCUCUCUCCCCCCGUCUCUCCCAGCUGUGACACCCCCCCGCCCUCUGUCUCAGCGGGCUCCGAGCUUCAGACUCUGGUCGACGCCGCAGGAGAGGAGCCGCACUUCGGUAACACCGGGGGCGGACGCCUGGAGGACUUCCUGGAGAGCACCACGGGCAGGCCUCUCCUGGGGGUGGAGCCUGGAGGCCUGCUGACGCUGAUCGACGACCUCCACAGCCAAAUGCUGUGCACCCCCAGCAUCCUGGACCACCCCCCGUCUCCCAUGGACACCUUCGACAUGGCCCCGGAGGAGGGGCGUGGCCUGGACAGUAUGGAUUGGUUGGACCUCACGAUGGGGGGGGGGACGGGGGAGGAAAGCACCGCGCUCGCCCCGCUCGGCCCCGACACUCCCCCUAGUAUCUUCUCCACAGACUUCCUGGACAGUUGUGACCUGCAGAUACACUGGGACUCCUGCCUGUAGCAUGUAUGUGUAGCAUCAGCACACAGACACACACAUGGAGCUGAUUGCCAAGCUUCAGUUUUUGAUGAAAGCACUUAUCUCUGCAUUUUUACACACGUUUGCUUUAUUGAACCCUCAAGCACUUUGACCUGUAUUUCACUCACACACUGCAGUAUUGACCGCAUACAAGUAUUAGGCAGGUCCUACAUGUGUACUCACUUACAUAUUAUAUCUACUUAGAUAUAGAUCUGGACCCGAUCUGUGCUGAGGCUCUUUAAACUGGGGUCAUGUACCCACAGACAAAUCUACCUGAGGAUACAGGCGCCAUGUUGAUGUGGAAAGGUCAAUCUGUUUAUUUGACCUUUGUCUAAUUAGAAUGCAAACUCGUCCUUCGCUGCCUUUCGUAGUAAAGAAAAUCCAUAUUUGACAACUGCAGGAGAAAGAUAUCGGUAAUCGAUGAGAUUGGGUCAAAGACUGAUUUCCCUGCAACACAACUGUGUAAAUAGGUUGUUUGUAGACGAGCUGCCAUCCAGAAUUUAAAAAUAUUUAAAAACAUAUGAACAGUGGGAGAAAUUAAGCUAAUUAAUUGAUUUGACAUCAUUCUGGAGGACAAAAGACAUGACGUAUUUAAAGAAGUGAUCUAAUCAGAGUUUGUGUUUCAUUCACAACACAACUUUUUCCAAACAACUGUUAUGCAGAAGGUUUUAUGCAGCUGUCACCAGUGCAUCAGGUACUGAGGUGACGGAUGGUGACUCUCUAUUUUUGCAGAAUCACAGAGAGAACAUUACAUUGAUAUUUAAAGUGUUUUCAGAGUAUUUGUCAGAGAAGGGCCCUUUAAUAUGUCACAUGCAGCCAACCGUCUUAAUUUCUCAAAUGACAUUAUUCUCCUGCAUUCUAUGAACAUUAUAAACACGUGCACACAUUUCAUAUUUAUAUAUUUUAUGUAUGAAUGUCUUUGCUAUGACGACCUCUGAAUGUAAACAUGUGGGACUGGUUUGUGCACAUGAUGUAGAAUCUGCAUCUAUAUUCACAACACUGAGUGUUACUGCUUUAGAGCCUCACUGUCGUUUCUCUGUUUGCACUUAAUAAUCAAACAGUGUCAUAUAAAAGGGAAGGGACUGAACACAGUUUGAUUAAAUACCUUCAUAUUAAGGUAUUUGUCAUAUUUUUAGUUUUCAUGGUGAUAACUGGCUGUCCUGUACUGUAUCAGUACUGUGGCCACUGAGGAUUUUAUUUCCCUCUGAGAUUUUACACUGAUAAUUAGGCACUAAAGAUUUAUUAUAAGAUA